CCGCAUGUCAGCUAACAUAACCCAACACAUCAACUCACUUUGUCUUCGUCUCGUCGUCAGAAUAACAUACCAGAGACAUUCAGCAGUGAAGAGUCUCGACAGAUGUUAAUAUCACCGUUCAUCUAGGUACCAAGACACAAGAAUCUCGUCAAGGAGGACUCCCUAGAAUUUGAGUGGGUAUCCUCCUCGGAUUCCAACCAGACCUCAAACAUGUCAACCCCAGAUCCAACGCUGGGCCUCCCUCGGAUCCUAGCAAUCCAUGGAGGAGGGGUCAACUCAGCAAUAUUCAAAGCCCAAUUACGAGCCUUUCUCAACCACGACAAACUCAAAAACCGAUUUCGAUUUGUUUUCGUCGACGCGCCAUUCUUCUGCCACGAGGGAGUCGGUGUACAUCCCGUAUACUCAGACUGGGGCCCAUUCAGACGCUGGUUUCGAUGGCUUGAGUCACACGCCGAGAUCGACGCUGCAGCAUGCUCAUACGAGCUAGAGUACACCAUUGAGCGAUGUAUGGAAAGCGACCCUGGAACUGGCGAAUGGGUCGGGCUAUUGGGAUUCAGCCAGGGCGCCAAGCUAGCAGCCAGCAUGCUGUACGAGCAACAGUUACAAGAAAAGGACGGACCAUGGCGAUUCGCAGUCAUUUUGGCCGGACGGGCGCCCAUGGUCAGUCUCAAUCCAGAGUCGGAGCAGUUUCCUUGGAUGCAGUCGGCGGGUGGCUUGCCGGACGCGGCAGACCUCGACAGUAUCUAUGAGCGUCCAGAUAUGAAAUUGAAGAUUCCUACGUUACAUGUCCAUGGUCUCAAGGAUGAGGGUUUACAUUUGCAUCGCCGGUUGGUGGAGGAUUAUUGUGCAGCGGGGACUGCGACUCUAGUGGAAUGGGAUGGGCCUCAUCGGAUUCCUAUUAAGAAAAGCGAUGUGGAUAGAAUAGUUUCCGCUUGGACUGAUCUGGCCGAUGAAUAUGGGAUUUAGUUGACAAUGGCGGAUGUUCUGUUCAUCGUAAGCGAGGAGACUAGGGUCAGAGUAUGUAUCGUAUUCUAUGCGCAAGUCGAUAGUCAAGACAACUAGCAAGGAGUCUUGUCGUUAGGGAGAAUAUUCUACU